GUGAAGUGCUCGCGGUGGUGAACAAUCAAGUCCCUCCGGUGGGAGCUCUUCUUGUUUCCGGAGGAAAAAUCCCGAGCACCCUAUAAAAGAUCUCGCACCCCAUUUCUCCUCAUUCUCUCAGCUUCACGUCUCCUCUCGAGCUCCUGCUGAACACAGCCUGCAAAGAUGUGCUCCCGCCAGGACAACGACCAGUGCCACCAGCAAGAGCGAUCCUCGUGCCACAGCAGUGAAGGGUGCCACGGGAGCAGCGGGGGAUCCAGAUGCCAUGGGAGCAGCGGGGGUUCCGGAUGCCACAGGAGCAGAGGAUCCGGGUGCCAUGGGAGCACAGGGGGAUCUGGGUGCCACGGGAGCAGUGAGGGAUCCGGAUGCCACAGGAGCAGGGGGGGAUCAUGCCACGGAAAGCCACAAGAUUGUCAGCAGCAAAUUUAUCAAAUGUCAAAGAUGAAGUGAUCGGGUCAGUGGCUGCAUGUUGUGCACGUGUUCUAAAAUCCUUGCAUGUCUCCCAGCAAUCAUAAAAUGCAAUGUCUCUUCUCCCUCUCCUGGCCAGUCUUGUACCUCUGAUGAGCUUAUCCGUGGGUGCCAGAAAUGUGCUGUGCAUAUUCAGUCUGACACGGUUUUCUCUGUAUCAGUCUUUGACAAUAAAUGAACCAUAACCGUUUGGAGUGCAUUGACA